AUGUCUCAAAAUCGCUCUCUCGCACGUAAUGUCUCCUUUUAUGAUGCUACCAAUCCUGAUGAGGCUCUUGGUGGACUUGUCCAGAAUGGGUCUAUAACUGAGACAAAUUUUCUCGACAUCCUCGGAAUCUUACUUGUGGUUGACAGGAGUCCUCUGCUGGUUCAAGAGAGAAAGUCAGGCCAUAUAGUAUCUGGAACAAACAUGCCUCUUAAAAUAGGGGUAUAUGAUAUCCAUUGCAACAGUGGGUGGUAUAUUUUCCUAAUUCGCUAGGCGGCCGAAUUGCUAACUUUUCAAGCCUCUAUCCAAGUCAGCGAUGAGGCUUGGGUACACCGGUUGGUUUCCCAUAAUACCUCUCGUGAGAAGGCUAAAUUCCAUCAUGACAUCAGUAAUCGCUACCGGAAAUGCGUUAUUUCAGGAAUGGUAAAUCCUGAAAUCCUUAUCCAGGCCAAUGAUUGGACUGGCUUUGAGGUUGCUUACAUCUUCCCUCCUAAGCAUGAAAGCCUUUGGAUUCAGUUUAAUUAUGGACGAUGGAUCACAGACAUGGAUGAUGCCACUGGAUCCUCUAAGAUAAACUCAUCUCAAAAUGGCUUUCUUCUCCGGGCUGAUGUCCACCAAAUGUUCAAGCAGUACCUCAUCUCUGUUAACCCAGACGACGGAUACAAGAUAGUUGUGUUUACAAUCGAGCGUUCGGGGCUCGAUAGUAGGAUUCUGGAUCCCGUGUGUCGAUCCCCAACCAAUCCCCACCAUGUUGCCGACCAACUCCUUAGAUGGCAUUUCUGCCAAUCAGUCCUCGUGAAUAUGAGAGGAGCAGGAGAACCGAUCUUCGAGCAUGACUUCCCACCAGGCACUGAUAUGGUGGGUGAAAUCCUUGCUGGCCCGUAUGCGCAAGAGAGGUUCAAGUUG